ACAUAAUAUAUUUCUAGAAUUGGUUGAGACGCUAUGUUAAGUAGAAGUUUUAAAAGUUUACACAGUUGGGGGGGAUCUAAUACAUUCGCACAAGCCUCUCGUGACAAUAUUUGUUGCUUUUCUGUUUUUUUUUUCUUCUUCGAUUCCCAUUUUCGUCUCCGUCAUCUUUACGGCACAGAAAUGUACACAAAACCAAAAGCUUACUCUAUCUUCUCUCUCUCUCUCUCUCUCUCUCUCUCUUUCACAUGCCUUUGUUCUUACUCUUUCCCAAGACUCAAAGUCACGUCCUUUUCUCCUCACUCAUCACAACUCUCUCUCGGUGCAGAGAACAACUCCGAAGCUCCUCCCUCCACAUCUCUUUCCGGUUAGUUAAUUUCACUUAGUUCCUGCAUUGCUUCAAAGACUCUCACAAUCUUCUAAAUUCUUGCCCAUAAUUCCUUAUCCAAUAAAUGGUUUGAAAAUCACGGGUUUGAACAUUUAGCGGCGCAACUAUAUUUUUUGAAUUUAAUUGAAAGUUUCUUGUAAAGUUCAUUACUUUUUGUAUGUUUCCCAUCCUCUUCAAAUUUGUCGUUGGGGUUCAUGUGUGUCAGUGUAUAUAAUUAAAUUAAUUACUUAAGUUAGUCAACUACUACUUAAGGAAUCUAGGUAGCUCCGACUUAUUUAUUAAUGAGUCUCUGAUAUAUUUCAGAUCUGUUGUGGAGAACUGUGAGCCAUCAUUAACUAGUGUCAGUCCAUCUCUGAAACUUUUCUAACGGCUUUGGUUGGUUCUAAUGGCGGAGAACAAACUUAACUUCGAUGCACCUCUUCUUUCUACAAGGAGGAUGAAGAAAUCAGCAGUGUCUGUGCGUAGAAACAUGCCAAAGCAGCUCCAUGAUGUUGACUCCAAGACAAGUGAAUCUCUUUCUGUUUCAGUUCUUGUCCAAGAAGACAUGGGCUUAGAUCAGGUUCCGGAAUCUGCCUCUGUUCCUCUCAAAUCUCCCUUGGAGAGUUCAGAGUGUAAACAUGUAGAAGAAGAAGAGAGUGGAGAUGAUGAUGAUGAUGUCUUCUCUGAUGCCCUUGAUACAUUGUCUUUAAAGCAUAGCAUAAAUGGUGUUGGUGAGGGAGCGAAACCGCCAAUGAUGCCGUCUGAGGAUCCUCAACCUCGGGCUUUCAUGUUGGAUCGGUUCUUACCUGCCGCAAAAUCCAUGACUGUGGAGCAACCACCUCAAUAUGCUUGGAAGAGACAACCAUUGCCCCUCAUGUCUGAACCAAUGAGACAAAUUAGAGAUAUAGUACCAGCGGAGGAGAAUCGUGCAACUCCUAAGAGGUAUGAGUCUAUGAUUUCUCCAUCUUAUUAUCAGGGCAUAGAUUAUGAUGAAGAGAGCGAGGAGGAUUCAGAUGAUGAUGAAGUUUCUGAGUAUCUUUCUAAGAGAGGCUGCGGGAUGAUGUCACCACAACUGUGCUUUAAAAACUCACUCGGUAUGCUGAGCUCAGUGCAUGGUCUUAAGGAGAAACCUUACUACAGCCAUGAUCAAGUGAAAUCAAGCAAGGUCGCUCAGCUCAAGUCUCGGUUUCAAUCUGUGAAAAAGCUCGCUCUUGAUUAUAAGCAAAAGUUGGGGAAUAUAGCUCAAUCUCCAGUACAUCCAAGUGUUGGGAAGAAGUUUAACUUUGGAUCUGAACAACUUGAAUCGAACCUGAGUGCUACAAGUAGGCCAUCUUCUCCUUACAGGCAAACUGGGUGUAUGUCACCGUAUCGCAGUGUAGGAAACUGUUCCCCUCUUCACCCUGCGGGUUUCCCUGGGACUCGCAAGGAAGCAGAGGUUAUGAGAGCUAACAGGUUGAACAAGCAUAUAAGAAACAUAGCCAAGUCUCAGGAACUACUCUAUCCAAAAAGUACAAGACAAGACUGUUCUACAAAAUCUGUCAUGGAGAAGACAUUAUAUGUUGACACAGAGAAUUCUCCAAAGACCAGCAAUGAUCAUGGUAACUCAAAUGUCAAGAACUCGCCAGAAACAAUUUCAGAGGAACCAGAAAUGGAGGGAAAGAAACCGAAAGCCAUUCUCGAGCUUCAGGCUGUAGAAAAUCUUAGUGUUAGCAGUGCAAUCAAGAUGGGGAAGGCAGAUGAGUUGGAAAAGAACAACAGUGGCUGUGAUCUGUCUCCACUUGCUCCGCCACCACCCAAAAAGCCUUCUGAUUCUUGGCUUCUCAGUAAUCUGCCUUCAUUAACCUCAAAGAUCCCUUCACGGAGAUAUCUGUUUCAUUCCAAAAAGAAGAACAUGGAAGAAAACUCCACAAGUGUUACCAAGUGGGAAACUAUAGUCAAGACUUCUUAUACGCACAGAGAUCAUAUACGCUAUUCUGAAGAACUGGUUGCUCGUUCAUCUUGUCAAUCCACAACUUAACGGUUUGAAGCUUCCUAAGUCUGUCCCCUUGGAAUGGAUCAUCAGGUUGAAUUUGAUUACAACUUCAUAGGUGUAAGAAACCGAGUUUCUUUUGUGACCCGUUGAACACUUAACUCGUAAUCCCUCAGAUUGAUUUACAUGUGUAGCUAUACUUCCAUAUCUCUGUUGCUUACUUAGCUAAUAAGACGAACAUUUGUUCCCAGUAAAUGCUAUGUUCAUAUUUCUAUCAUAUAACUGUUCUGAGCGUUUUCAAAAGUUUCCAUUCAGGUGCUUCAAC